AUGGCAUCCAAACAAUCAAGAGUUUACCAACCACCGACUGCCACUUCUAUUGAGAUAGAAUCGAGCGCCUUAUUGUCUUUGAUUAGACAUACUUCAGAUAAUUACCCAGCAUUAUGCUCAGGAUCGUUAUUAGGAUUUGAAGAUGAUAAAGGAUCUAUAGAUAUUUCUCACACAUUCCCAUUCACAUACCCAGAUCAAUAUGAAGGUGGAUCUUUAAGAUCAAGAAGUGGCGCUAAAUACCAACAGGAUAUAUUAGAGGCAUUGAAAAAAUUAGGCUAUGGGCUUGAAUUUCAAGGAUGGUUUCAGUCUACAGUUACAGGAAACUUUGUCACUAGCCAUUUGGUUGAUGCUUUAGUCCAACAACAAUUAAGCAAUAAGAAUGCAUUCAUUUUGAUUCAUAAAAUGGCUUCUAUUAGUAAAGAAUUGGAUUUAAAGGCCUUCAGAUUAACAGAAAACUUUGUCAGCACUUACUUGGAUGGGAAGUGGAAAUCAAAGGACCUUGAGAAUCACAAAUUAUCUUUUUUUAAUAUAUUUGAGGAUGUUCCCCUUAUAAUCCAAAAUCACAGUUUAGUCAAUGUAUAUUUGACUUCGAAUACGUGCAAUAGUCUUCCGGAAAGUGAUUAUGAUAUUUUUAAUUUAUCUGCUAAUCAGAAUGUGACCACUCAGUUAUUGGAGUCAUUGUAUGGUCAAAUUGAUGCUUAUAACUACGAUCAAACUAAUUUCAAUUACUACCAGCGUUUGCAUCAGAAAGAGCAGUCUAAGAUCGCCCAAUGGAAGCAGCAGAGGAAAUUCCAAAACUUGGAGAGAGUCAAGAAUGGUGAAAGUGAACUUGAUACUACUGAGUGGCAAUCAAUUUUCAAGUUGCCGACAGAACCUUCAAGAUAUAACAAUAUGCUUCAUAGCCAUGCUAUCGAUAUAUUGGCCGAUGAUAUCUUGAAAAGAUGUGAAGAGGAGUUAACGAAUAGUUUUGCUAUAGAGCGAAAAUUGUUGGCUGAUAAAUAG